AUGUCGAUAGAUCCCAUUAUCACCUUCAAAGCAGGUAUCUGCGACCUCGAUAGCUCCACAAACCCUCCUAGUGUGAAGCCCAAGCCUACCCCGGGCUACAUCUACCUCUACUCCGAAGAUGAGUUGGUACACUUCUGCUGGCGACCACGCAGCUCUCCCCUUGACGAGCCCGAGGUCGACUUGGUGAUGAUUCCUACCGAUGGAAGCUUUACCCCUUAUAAACCCGGUGGAAAGGAUGCUACGAAUGGCCGCAUAUUUGUAUUGAAGUUCUCGUCCAGCUCCCAGCGUCAUCUAUUUUGGCUGCAAUCCCAGCCUCAGCAUGAGAGUGGUGACCCUACCUGGUUCAGCCCCCGAGACUUGAGACUUGGUGAAAUUGUCGAUGUACUGUUACAAGGUGAAGAUGUGGAUGUGGAGCAUGAGAUUGCCAACCUACCCCGACGACCAUACGGUGGUGAUGAUGACGAAACAAUGGAGGAUGUGGAGGGCACAGACCAUGACCCAAGCCACAACCACGGCGGAAGCAGUGGAGGUGCCGGUGCAGAUGCGACCGGGGGUGAUGUCCGUGAAGAAGGCCAGGAAUCACGAGAGGGCGGUGCUGAUGGUGGACGAGCAGCUCCCAUGGAUUCCAAUUCAUCCUCGGUCGUUAAUGAUUUCUUGCAAUCCCUGGGAAGCCGGAGACAGGCGCAAGACCCCGAACGACCUUUCACAACCCUACAAGAUUUACUGAACCCCUCGACUACCUUACCUUUCAUUGAGACCGCCGACGAACCCGCCACUGAUCACCUUUUAAGCUUCUUGCCACCGGCACUGCUUCUGCUGGCCCAGGGCAAUGCCGAAGCUGCGGAAGCAGACAGGGAUCCGGAGCUUGCUCAAGCAGCUCUUCUUUCCUUGGAGCUUACUCAGAAAAAAGACAUUCUUCGCAAGGUGCUGAGAUCCCCACAAUUCAUGCAAAGUCUGGCCAGUUUGACGGUGGCUCUCCGGGAUGGUGGUCUGCCAAGUAUUAGUGAGGCUUUGCAGAUCCCCGUAGCUAAUGGAGGGUUUAUGCGUCGGGGCGGUGUACCCCUGGGUGGGGGAGACGCGGUGGAGGCGUUUCUAGAUGGUGUUCGACAACAUGUUAAGACCAAGGAUGAAUCACAGAUGGAAACGGAUUAA